AUGAAUGACGACAAGCGCAGCAGGCGAUCCACCUCACGAUCGACGUCUCCAUCGCCGCCCCCACGAAAGACUAAACCCAUUGCACCCACCAAGUUGCAAGCAUUCACUGUCGGCACACACAAGAAGACGCCUUUUCAAAGACACAAGGAAGAAAUCGAGUUGAAAAAGAAGAGAGAAUCCGAAGAAGCUGCCAAGGUCUAUGAAGAGUUUGUCGCCUCCUUUGAGGAUCCGCAUUCUUACAAAGAUGGAACACAAACGUUUGUGAAGAGCAGUACAAUGAUCCCUCGAGGUGAUGAGUAUGAAAAGCAGCAACAUGCGUCCAAAAAGCAUCAGCCAUCAUCAUCAUCAUCCAUCAAGACCACAUCCUCGAUCAGUGCAAGCCCUUCCAAGCCAAGUUACAAGGCAAUGCCGUUUAUCAAAGCCGGUGAAGCAGCCAAGACCAACCCACUCUCGCUUAAACGAUCAAAGCCUAUGCAAGAAGAUGAAGACGAUGACGAGGAUGAUGCACUUGCUAUGAAGGAAGCACGAGCACACAAAAAGAGAAACAUGGAUACAUUCUUGGAAGAGAUCAAAAAGGAGCAAGAAGAUCGCGAAGAUCGGCUACGUUCCAGGAACGCUCAUAAAUCAACAGCUGCAGGAGAUCGAUCCGCUGCUGGUGCUUCCGAUUCGGCUGGUAUUACAUUGAAAGCUGCCUUCGAAGAACGACCUGGAUCACACGAUAUUGGUGACCCAUUGACGACCAAUUUGUAUGUUGGCAACAUCAAUCCUGCAGUCAAUGAAAUGAUGAUUUGCCAUGAGUUUGGAAAGUAUGGACCUAUUGCAUCUGUCAAAAUCAUGUGGCCACGGACCCAAGAAGAGCGAGAACGCAACCGCAACUGUGGAUUUGUCAGCUUCAUGAAACGACCCGAUGCUGAGCAGGCGUUGAAGAACUUGGAUGGCAAAACUUUUCAUGAUUUUGUGAUGAAAGUGGGAUGGGGUAAAGCCGUGCCAUUACCAGCAACCCCGGUGUUUGUAUUGGACAAAUCAUCAAAAAGCGUACAGACGGGUCUCCCUUUCAAUGCUCAAGUUGUCGAUACCCAAACCGGCAUGACGUCAAAGCCACGUGCACAAAUUACCGUUGUCAAGCCAAGUAACAUGCAACAAGUCAAGAUCAUCCAUCGAAUGGUUGAGCGCGUUAUUAGGAAUGGUUCAGCAUUCGAGGCUAUUAUUAUGGAACGUGAAAAGGACAAUCCAAAGUUCAAAUUCUUGUUUGACAACCGGUCUGAGGAACACAUAUACUAUCGGUGGCGUCUCUAUUCUAUUAUGCAAGGGGAUACGAGAUCACAGUGGCGAACAGAGCCUUUCCAAAUGUUCGAAGGUGGACCAUGGUGGGUACCUCCAGAUGUUCCCUUUGAUGACGAGGGCAUGAAUGAUAUACUGUUGGAUACGGAUGAUGAAGAGCGGGAACGAGAUCGUGAGCAUGUACCCAAAGGUACUCUUGGCAAGAUUGCAAAGCAACGCUUCGAGAUCAUGUUACGGCAAGUCACCUUUCAACGAGGCACCAUCGCACGUGCUAUGGCAUUUGCAAUCGAUCACGCAGAUGCUGCAGAUGAGGUUAUCGAUAUAGUCAUCAAGUCACUUAUUAUACCGGAGACACCAAUUACACUCAAGUUGGCAAGGUUAUAUCUGGUAUCUGAUAUUCUGCACAACAGUGGUACCCACGUGGCAAAUGCAUGGAAAUAUCGUGCUGGCUUGGAAGGACGAUUGGUGGUGGUCUUUGAACAUUUCAAUGAGAUUUAUCGCUCGAUUUCAGCACGCUUGAAAGCUGAGCAAUUAAGGCGUCACAUCAGCACUGUACUCAGUGCAUGGGAAAAUUGGAUGGUCUUUCCACAACACCACAUUGACAAUUGGAACGGCAUCUUUAUGAAAAAGUCUUCAAGCAAUACCUCUGAAUCCGAAUCGAGAAGUGCAUCUCCCGAGUCAAUAUUAACUGAAUCACAAGCAUCAGUACCAGCAGCAGCAGCAGCAUCCACUAGCGAGUUGAUGGAGGAGGAUAAUGAUGUGGAUGGUGAACCUAUACCAGAUGACGUCGAUGGUGUUCCCAUGGAAUCCGAAGAUGUGGAUGGUGAGCCUCUGGAACCAGAAGAUGUCGAUGGUGUGCCAUUAGAUGAAGGUGACAUGGUUGCUGAUGAUGAUAUCGAUGGCGAACCUUUACAAGAGGAUGAUCAAGCCCCGGUCAAUGAAGAUCAACAACAAGUCCCAUCGUCAAGUGACAUAGAUGAUAUGUUUGCACCUGUAUGA